AUGGAACCCGUUCCUGAGACGGAGCGCAUGGAGGAGUUUCGCGCCGUCCCGACGCCCAAGUCUCGUGUCAACGGACCACAUACGCUUUCCACGCUCGAUCUCGACAUGGCCAGAAAACCACCCAACCUGCGUAGGAGCACCGAUCCAAGCCCAACCUCGACAAGCUCCUUCUCAUGGACCCCCUUGCCUUAUCGGCCCCGAACGACCUCUCCUCUCACUGGCAGCACUCAUGUUCGGUCACGGUCCGCUGCUAGCAUUGGCGCCGCGCCCAUGGGCCGCACCCAGUCCAUGCCUGGCGUCACUGGCUCCGGUCAUCUGCUCUACUCUCCCCAGUUUCGCCCAGCCAGCCCGGCGCAGUCGCCGAGCCGAGUACGCACGCCGCGGAAGCCAGUGGACGAGUCGUUUCCCAUGACGUCUCCUGUACGAACGUCAGUUCUUGACCACGAUCGAGUGCCUGCCGACAGGAGCGGCUCUCCUGUCCUGGGUGUCUCAGCCAAUGGAACCUUGACUCGGGCCCGUCGAACCUCGUCGCCGAUUAGGAAUUACGCCCAGUCGAGCACCGGCUCUCUCCCAAACUUGCCCACCACACCAACAUCGAGCUCGUCGUCUCUCUACAGAGCGUACGACCCCUUCUCUAGCAGCUAUGGGGCGCUCUCCUCGGUCCCCUCCACACCCACGUCAUUGAGGUCGCGUAGUCCUAGUAUUUCGAGCCUGGAAACCAUCCCGGACUCGCCCGAUGCGGAGGAGGCAGCUCUCGAAGCUGAGAAGCAGGCCCAGCUCAAGGCCGCAGCUGAAAUGUCGGAGGCCGGAGACACAUCGGACGCAAAAGGACGGGGCAGCCUGGAUCUGCCAGCCCGUGGUCGCACAAUGGCCUUUGGCUCCAAAGACAAGCGGAAGCGGUGGAGCGUCUGCGGCGCUGAACGGCGUGGCGACAUUGACCUGGAAACCAUCUGGGAGGACUAA